CUCACUCCCUGGACUGUAUCACAGGCCCAUUGAGGCUGCUGCCUGGCUCCUCUGUUUCCUGGGGGGCUGCUGGCCUGACAUGGACCGGGAUACGAUCAGCACACCCAGCCCUCUCUCCCAAUCCAGCCUCUAAGGCCUCUCUCCCCCUCCCUGGCCUCCCCGUCCCCAGGAACCUGUGAGCAGGACAAGACUCCGCUGGAUAGGGCCAUCUGCGUCCACUGGAACUCUGCAGGCCAGGAUGGUGUGUGGUCCCCCCAGGGCUGCCAGCACCUUCACUCCAAUGUCACUCACACGCGGUGCAGCUGUCGCUACCUGGCCAGCUUUGCGGUGCUGAUGGCGCCUGGUGUCAUUGAGGUGGAUUUUGCCCUGUUUGUUAUCAGCCAAACCGGGCUCAUCAUCUCCCUGAUCUGUCUCGUCGUGGCUAUCAUCACCUUCCUCUUCUGCCACCCCAUCCGUAACACCAGCAGCACCUUCCUCCACCUGCAGCUCAGCAUAUGCCUCUUCUUGGCCGAUCUCCUCUUCAUAGUGGGAAUUGACAAGACUUACAACAAGCUCAUGUGUUCCAUCACCGCCGGCUUGCUGCAUUACUUCUUCCUGGCUUGCUUUGCCUGGAUGUUUCUGGAAGCGGUGAAUCUGUACCUCAUUGUCAGGAAUCUGAAGGUGAAAAAUUAUGCAGGCACGGGCAGAUGCACAAGAAAAUGCAUGUACGUCUUUGGCUACGGACUCCCAGCAGUGAUUGUGAUCACAUCUGCAACCAGCGCGCCCAGCAGCUAUGGAACUCCUUAUCACUGCUGGCUCAAUCCUGAUAACGGUUUUAGAUGGAAUUUCCUUGGGCCUGUCUGCGCCGUGGUUGUGAUAAAUUUAGUGUUUUUCUGCCUUACUCUGAAGCUUUUGCGAGAACAUCUUUCCUCCCUCAAUGCAGAGCUGUCUACUGUGAGGAACACCAGGUCACUGACUUUUAAAGCCCUGGCUCAUCUCUUAGUCCUGGGCCUCACGUGGGGGCUGGGCACCUUCCAGUUCGGCUCGUUGGCCACGGUGAUGGGGUACCUGUUCACCAUCACCAACAGCCUGCUGGGAACCUUCAUCUUCGUGGUGCACUGCCUGCUCAACAGAAAGGUGAGAGAGGAGUAUUGGAAAUUAUUUACCAGGCUUCGACAGUCAAAGGAAGAACCUUCGUCUUCCAGUAUUACUAUGUCUGCUCUCCCCUCCAGCACGGCCGCGGAUCCUCAGCAAAAUGCUGUCCCAUCCCACCUGAAGAAGGUGGCGAGGGAUUGAUCUCUGUUGCCUGGCCUCUCUUUAUGGGUUUUCCACGUUGUUCUCCUCCCCUGGUCCCAGAUGCAGAGGAAAAGGGUUGGCACAGUCUCAUUAAACGCUCCUGCUGUGUCA